UCACUGUUAGUGAACUCGUCACUGAAGGAGCUGGUGUGAGCGGGGAGAUGACCUGGCAAUGCCUUGUGUCUGGUCACCCUGGAGACAGCAGCAAAAAAAAAACUUACAAAAAGGUUGAGCAUCGGGCCAGCCAAGCGCAUUGGUGUCUCGCCAGCUAGGGACUGGAAGUAGGGCGGGUUGUUGUGUCAGAGACCGGUGGAGUAGGGAAAAGACAGAAGAUGGUGACCAAACCUGUGGGCCACAUGUCCAGGAAGGCGGGGACACCCCCACCUUCCACCAAAGCUCAGAAAUCCACCUCUCGGUUGUCCCAGAGCGUCAAGUCCAUGGACGUGAAAGGCGGCAAGGUGCUGAAGGAGAUCCGGUCGGUGAUGAUCGACCUGGGCACAGGCUACUGCAAGGCGGGCUACGCCGGGCAGCCGAGACCCUCGGUGGUGCUGUCCUCGGUGGUGGGCCGUCCGGUGCAAAUGAGCGCCAAGACCGGCGACAACCGUCAGGAGAACUUCGUGGGCGACGAGCUCUCCAAGUCGGAGCUGCAGCUCAAGCUGGUGAACCCGCUGCGGCACGGCAUCGUGGUGGACUGGGAGGCGGUGGAGGCCAUCUGGGCCCACAUCUUCCAGCAGGCCAUGAGGAUCCUGCCCGAGGAGCACGCCGUGAUGGUGGCGGACCCGCCGCUCAGCCCCAGCACCAACCGCGAGAAGAUGGCGGAGCUGCUGUUCGAGACCUUCAGCACGCCAGCCAUGCACAUCGCCUACCAGUCCAUCCUGUCGCUGUACUCGUAUGGCCGUACCACAGGCCUCGUGGUGGAGUGCGGUCACGGGGUCACCCACGUGGUGCCGGUGCACGAGGGCUACAACAUGCCUCACGUGACGGGCAGGGCCGACUACGGCGGCGCGGACCUGAACGACUACCUGCUACGGCUAUUGAACGAGGCGGGAAACCGUUUCACCGAGAAGGGCCUACACAUUGUCGAGGACAUCAAGAAGAAAUGCUGCUACACCGCCGUCAACUUCGAGCAGGACAUGAACCUCGACGUUAACGAGUACCUGGUCGAGUACGAGCUGCCCGACGGUCACGUCAUCGCCAUCGGCAAGGAGAGGUUCCGUUGCCCCGAGGCCCUGUUCAACCCGUCGCUGAUCGGCUCCAAGGAGCCCGGCAUCCACUCGCUUGCCCUGCACAGCCUCGACAUGUGCGACAGCAACCUCAAGUACGAGAUGUACAGCAACAUCCUGCUGUGCGGCGGCUCCACCCUCUUCGACGGCUUCUCCGACCGCCUGCAGAAAGAGAUGAACAAGAUGGAGCAGGGCAUGAACCCCACCGUGCACGCCAUCCCCGAGAGGAAGUAUUCAGUCUGGCUGGGAGGUUCCAUCAUGGCCUCUCUGAAAUCCUUCCAACAGCUCUGGGUUCGCAAGAGAGAUUAUGAUGAACGGGGACCCUAUGUCGUUUACCGCAAGUGCUUCUAAAACUGCUUCUCGCAGCCUUGGCUUCGUUUUUCUUUCGUUGCAUAUUUUUAAUUCUUGGCUCGUUUCUGACUUUUUAAGUACAUCUAAUUUAUCAUGAUUACUACCAAGCUGCAACAUUACUGUCAUAACUGUAAUAAAGCAUUUGCAAACGAACUGGUCAGUUUUAUUUUGGUUCUGCAAGAGCAGCAGGGUCUGCAGUUAGGCACCGUCUGUGGACUCUUCCUGGGCGUUCCGAUAGACUUUUCAUCCAACCCAAGAACAGAGAUCGGGCUUUCCGUCCUGGAGACUACUGUGGUACGGGAGCAAAGACGGUUUACUAAGUUGGAUAGAGCCGAGUGAGAUGCCACCUGACGAAUUGUGUACAUAAAACCCGAAAGAACUGUGGCUGCUGUAAAUCCGGAACAAAACCAGAAGUUGCUGGAAAAGCUCAGCAGGUCUGGCAGCAUCUUUUAAGGAAAAAAACAAGAGUUAACGUUUCGGGUCCGGUGACCCUUCCUCAGAACCUUUAUGUCCUAGGUUAGAAUCUGAGUCCCACCCAACCUUUUCUGUUCUGAGGAAGGGCCACCGGACCCGUGACUUAUUGUUUACAGUUUGCCUCCUCAUCUCAGGAAGCUUAUAGUGGCGUAAAGGACAGCACCGGAGGUUUGCCAGAUUAAUCCCUGCGCUGGUGGGCUUGUAUUGAGGAAACAGUGUUUAUGUUAUGGUGAGUUUAAGAAUAAGACAUAAUUGCAUGGAAACUAACAGAAUUCUUACAGGCUUGACAGGGCGUAUUUUUAGAUUGAAUGUUAUCCAUGGUUGGAGAAGUUGAGAACCAGGGAAUAUAGAAUCCUGGUUUGGCCCAACAAGUCCGCACCUACUCUCAGAAAAGCAUCCCACAAAUCUUUUAUCACAGACACUGAAUAAAAACUUUUAAAAAAAAAAAAUGCUGCUUUAAAAACUGUCAAUAUUUAAAACUGCUAUACAAUUAUUCUUAAUCUGUACUUUCAAUAUUUGGUUUCAGUUUA